AUGGGUGGAAUGUUUGGUAACUGUGCUGCUUGUGCAUUGGAUGAUUGUCCUCCUAAGGCAAGAGGGUUCAUUAGUGGUAUGUUUCAACAGGGAUAUGCCUUGGGAUACUUGUUGGUUGUUGUAUUCCAAAGAGCCAUUACUGACACCACAGAGAAAGGUUGGAGGUCACUUUUCUGGUUCUCGGCAGGUCCUGCAGUUCUUUUUAUGAUAUGGAGAUUCUUCACUCCUGAGACUGAUACAUUCCUUCGUCAACAAGACAGAAGGAGAGCUUCCAGAGAAAAAGAACCACUCAAAAUCUAUCAAUUUAGUUCGGAAGGAAAAGAAGCCAUGAGAAAGUAUUGGCUUGUGGUCAUCUAUUCUGUUCUCAUGAUGGCAGGAUUCAAUUUCAUGUCUCAUGGUUCGCAAGAUUUGUACCCUACUAUGUUGACAGUUCAAUACGGUUAUGGAGCAGAUAGAUCUGCCGUAACUAAUUCGGUUGCAAAUUUAGGAGCCAUCUUUGGUGGAAUGGUGUUUGGACAUAUUUCUACGUUUAUUGGUCGUCGCUUGGCCAUUAUCAUUGCUUGUAUACUCGGCGGAGCUAUGAUCUACCCAUGGGCUUUUAUAAAAGGAUCCGGAAUCAAUGCCGGUGUAUUUUUCCUUCAAGCUGGUGUCCAGGGUGCAUGGGGUGUGAUUCCCAUUCAUUUGUCGGAAUUGUCUCCCCCAGAAUACAGAUCCUUCGUGGCUGGUACUGCGUAUCAAUUGGGAAACUUGUGCUCAAGUGCUAGUUCUACUAUCGAGGCUACCAUUGGUCAAAAAUUUCCUUUGAGAGGUGAAGAGGGUGAUGUAUACGACUAUGCCAAGGUUAUGGCCAUUUUCAUUGCCUGUGUGUUUGUCUAUGUCAUACUCAUCACCUUCUUUGGACCUGAAAACAGAGGAGCUGCCAUGGGUGUUGAAAGAGACGAGUACCUUGUUGAAGAUACCGAUGAUGAAAAGUCUAUCGAGGAUUCGCUAGACGACAGGGAUUCGAAAUCCCACAGCAAACACCACGAAGUGGCUGUCUAG